AUGCGCCCGGCCAGGCCAGGUGCCCCGCUGCCCGCGCUCCUCCUGCUGGCCCUGGCUUUGUCCCCUCACGGGAUCCACGGAAGGCCCCGGGGGCGUAGGGGAGCCCGGGUCGCCGACAGGGAGUCGAAGCCGUUGCUUUUCCUGCCUGCGGCCGCGGCCCGCCCAGCUCCCAGCGCCGUCAGGAGCGCAGAAAUAUUCCCAAGAGAUUUGAACUUAAAAGACAAAGACAAAUUCAUAAAGCACUUCACAGGGCCAGUCGCAUUUCCAGCAGAAUGUAGCAAACACUUCCAUCGACUCUAUUACAAUACCAGGGAUUGCUCAACACCAGCUUAUUACAAAAGGUGUGCUAGAUUGCUAACAAGAUUAUCGGUGAGUCCGCUGUGCUCACAGACCUAG